AGGCCCCACAGCUUUGGGUUCUCAAAUUAACAUCCCCGUCGGCGACUGAGAGAGGGAGAGAGAAAGAGAGAUGAGCGGCGGAGGAGGUGUCGGGGAGCUGCCGAGGAAGGAGGCGAGCGUGCUGAAGGGGCACGAGGGGGCAGUGUUGGCGGCGAGGUUUAACGCCGACGGAAAUUAUUGCCUGAGCUGCGGCAAGGACCGUACCAUACGCCUCUGGAAUCCCCACCGCGGGAUACUCAUCAAGACCUAUAAAGCCCACGGCCGUGAAGUCCGCGACGUCCACUGCACGCAGGAUAACUCUAAACUAUCUUCUUGUGGAGGUGAUCGUCAAGUCUUUUAUUGGGAUGUAGCAACUGGACGAGUAAUUCGAAAAUUCCGCGGUCAUGACAGUGAGGUGAAUGCUGUAAAGUUCAAUGAAUAUGCGUCUGUUGUAGUUUCGGCAGGGUAUGAUCGUUCAGUGCGGGCUUGGGAUUGUAGAUCUCAUAGCACUGAGCCAAUUCAGAUCAUUGACACUUUUCUAGAUAGUGUUAUGUCUGUUAGUCUAACAAAAAGUGAAAUCAUUGCUGGAAGUGUUGACGGAACCAUUCGAACGUUUGACAUUCGAAUUGGUAGAGAAAUAUCUGACGACUUGGGGCAACCCGUGAAUUGUAUCGCUCUUUCCAAUGAUGGUAACUGCAUAUUGGCCAGUUGCCUGGAUUCUACGCUACGUCUUCUGGACAGGUCUACUGGUGAACUGUUACAAGAGUAUAAAGGGCAUACUUGCAAGUCGUACAAGAUGGAUUGCUUGCUUACAAACAAUGAUGCCUGUGUAACUGGAGGAUCAGAAGAUGGCAUUAUUUUCUUUUGGGAUCUAGUAGAUGCAUCUGUAGUAUCCAGUUUCCGUGCUCAUGCCUCGGUGGUAACUAGUGUGAGUUAUCACCCAACGGAUAGCUGUAUGAUAUCUGCCUCUGUCGAUGGCACAAUUCGUGUAUGGAAAACUUGAGAAACUCGUAGUCAUCAUUAUGUGGUAAUUGAUGGGGAAAAGAAUUAUCAACAAUGUAUUCAUUUUGUUGUGAUGCCCAAAUAGAAAGACAAAAUUUAUCAUAUGUUACAUUACAGUAUUACACAUUCCCUCGGAUGACUCAAUGGUUGCGGGAAAAUAUUUGUAAAAUAAACUUUAUUUGCAUAUUCA